AAUACCUUUGCCUCGUUGUCAUGUUGGUGCCGUGGCAACACCCCGACUCGACGCCGUACUCGUCCAUCGACCAGCUCGUGUACUUCAUCGACAAAUAUGCCCACACAGAUCAUCCGUCGUCCUUCCCAGCCCUCCAUGCCUCGGCAUCCACCAACGUGACCUUUCCCUCAAACGCUCCAUUGGGACUCCGGUUCAUUCAAGUUCACCGUCCAUCGUCCGCCCAAAUCGUUCUCGUCGACGACAUCAUCAUCCCCAAUGCGUUCAACCACACCGUUCCUCGCCAUGCCCAACUCAUGCGCAUAAACGGCGUCGACGUCGGCCAUCUUUCCGCGGCAGGCCUUGACCUUGUCCUCCGUGAAAUCCAGCACCUGAAGCGGCACUGUGUGUUCUCCCCUCCGCCUUGUCCCAUCAGUAGCUCACCACUUCAUCAUGGCUCUUCCACCGCCAUCCCAUUGCUGGAUGUAUCACCAUCGCCCCAUGAUGAUCAUACAACUCCUUCGUGUUGGCUGCACUUCCUUGGCCACGCUGGUGAAUCCUCGUUUCCUCAUCGCACCCUUGCCAUGCCUUGCCACGUCAUGGACGUUGCGUGCGGUCCUCGUCAUAUUCUACUGCGCUCGUCCUCCGGCCGCGUGUUCUCGUUCGGCAGUGGCGACUCGGGUCGGCUCGGUCAUGGCGACGUCCUCUCCCGACUGGACCCCACCCUCAUCCAGGCCCUUCGGUCGCAAGUCGUGGUCGGCGUGGCUUGCGGCCGCGACCACUCGGCCGUCGUGUGUGCGUCCGGACUCGCGUACACAUUCGGGUGGGGCGAAGGCGGUCGGCUGGGGGUCGGCCACGACGCCGGGGACGUCCUGUGGCCGACUCAAGUGGUGCUGCCCAACGCCGUGCGCGGCUUCCACCUCGUGGCGGCCGGUCGGGAGGCCACCGUGCUCGUGUCGCGGUGCGGCCGCGUAUUUGUGUGCGGGUUGGCCCAUGUCGGCCCGACCGCCCACGCGCUCCACUUGGCCCCGCACCACCUCGACGGAUGCGACGACGAGAAUGCUGGAGCAGGCGGGAUUGUUAGCGUCAAGGCCGGCGACGCACACUGCGUGGUGCGCAUGUCGGACGGCUCGUUGUACUCGUGGGGAGAUGGCGCAUCGGGGGCGCUGGGCCACGGCGACUUGCUGACCAAGGUCCACCCGACCAAAGUGCCAGGGCUGCCGUCCGUGCAAAAGGUGGUGUGUGGUGCGUGGCACACUGCGUGCCUCACAACGCAAGGACAUGUGUGGGUAUGGGGAGACACGAUGGGAUCGUCGACGUCGUCCCCGACGCGCAUCGGGAACAAGAGCACUUCCAUUGAUGAAGACAACCCAGUGUGCUAUCGUGAUGUGGCGUGCGGAGGUGACGGCGCCAUGUUCGUGCAGCCGCAUGAUCACACCGUGUGGUCGUGGCAAGGCGACAACUCGGGCGAGCAGCGCACUGCCACACGCGUAUGGCCGCCCGCGGUCACCAACGACAACGAACAUGCCGCCACAACAUACCAGGCCGCCGCCGCCACUCUGAAAUUGGACGCAGGCGGAGCUUACGCCGUCGUGCGGCAGCCCUGUCCCCUCAAACGCGGCAAACUUGGCCACGAAUAGGGUCAAUCACAACUAAUCCAUCAUUCCAUCAUUCAACAUGCAUGAAUAUCUGCCGACUUAUGACGAGUUCGACGGCGGUGUCGAGGGACGACCAGUGGUGGUGGAGGCAGCAGCAGCUUCUUCUCCGGCAGGCGCAAAGUCCAGGUCGUCGUCGUCAUCGUCGGACGAGUCCGCGUCGGACGUCGCGUCGUCAGGGGACUUCCCGAGGUGGUACGCUUGUCGGUAGGCUUCCUGUUGACGUCGACGCGUUUCUUCCAUUUUGAGCGCAUUGUGCUCGUCGGACCACCGGCGAAAGAACUUGACCGACACGAACAGCCCUACGAUCGCCACGAGCACGACCACGAGCAUAAACUCGGUCGGUUCCUCCGACUGCUCGGCGAACAUGCGGAAUAGCGCGUCCGCCAUGUGCUCCUCGGGUUCUGCGACUCCCAAUUCAUCAGGGACGGAUCCGUCGAAGCAUGUGACGCCUUCUGUGUCUGUCGAUUUGCCUGGAGUGUACCCCAUGGCCUUGCAAAACUCGCGGCCUCUAAUGAGCAAGUUGGACAACGAAAUGAUGUUUCAUGGAGGGUUCGUACGACGGAACGAUGGAGUGCAGGGGGGAACAGAUGAGGGCGUUCCCGUAGCAUGGACUCAGCGCUUGGCUUCCAUCGGGGGUGUAGUACUCGUCCUUGCACGCGUCGAACCAAUCGUCGCACAGGUCGGGGCAUAUUCGUUCCAAGCGCCCUGUUCCCACAAACGGAUGGCAUGCAGAGCACGUCAUUUCAUCAUGUAACGCUUGGCAUUUUGAGUUGAACAACGCGACGAUGGGCUCCAUCACGCGUCGCUUCAAUGGGAUCGUGUGGGUCGCAUUGCAGCAGCUGUUCUGCCAAUACUUGGUGCAGUGGUCCAAGGACCGCUGCUUCUGCUGUCGGGAAGGUUCCGUGGGGUCGAACUUGAUCCCUCCCGUGGAUCGACACAGCGGUUGCGACGGCGUUGAUGACGCUUGCUCUCGGCGGCUCCGACUCAUUCGCACGAAAUCAAAUGGCCCUCUUGGUUCUGAG